AUGACUGUGCAGCGACCCAACACCACGGCCUUGAACCAGACAUCCGAGUUUGAUACUGAUUCCACAGAACUCAUUCCCGCGCUGCGGGGCCCACGCGGGCGAAUCGCUGCGCACACAAUACGUGUCACUCCGGGGACACGGACCUUCCCCACCCCUCCCUCCGGGCUCCGCCACGCCCCCGAGUACUCCGCUCUCGGAGCGCCGAGCUGCAGCCCCACCCACCCCAGCCCAGCUGGCUACGCGGCGCGCAUGCGCGGAGGGGGUCUCGCCGCCGCUAAGCGCUACGGGAAGUGUAGUCUCCGCGCGGGCGCCGGUGGGCCGCCCGAGUCCUACGUCUUCGCGGUACCUGGAGAAGUCAGAACAGCCUCGCCUCAGCCGGGUCCUCGUCUCCAUCUUCACACCUGUCCGGUCACCUCACGCUCACGCCCCAGUCCCACGCGCUGGGCUUCCGUCAGGGCGGGCCGCAGAGGAGAGCCCGAGACCCGAUCUUCGCUUCAGCGGGCUGUGCUGGAGGAGGCGGGGUCCACUGCCCGCCUCCCGCCGCCUCCCUCCCCGCCCCCUCCCCUCCUCCCCGGCGGGCGUCGGGCCGGUGCCCGGAGAGCGGCGGCGGCCCCCGCAGCGGCCGCUGGAGGGGCGGCGGCGGCGGCGGCGGUGGGCGCCGCGGGCGAUGCCCCUGCCCGGCUGCUCCGGCGCGGGGCGGUGCGAGCAGCGGCGGCGGCGGCGGCGGCGGCGGGGGAGCAGGCAGGGGGCGGCGGCUGCCACAGAGGGGCCGAGAACUGGCGGCGGCGGCGGCGGCGGUCGUGA